UGGCCGAGGGAGGGUUGGGCCUUUCUUUUGGUGUUCCUCUGUGCGCCUGGGCUCUGCUCGUCUGUUACGGUCUCCGUAGCCCUCGGGAGCCCAUUAUUCUCUUCCUUGAGGCCGCCGGUUGGGCGGCAGCGGGCAGAGCGAUGGGCACCUCACCCCGGCUCCCCUCCCCCAUGCCCGUUGCCCCGCCCGCCCUGGGCUGGGCGACGGGGUCAGGGGCCGAGCGGAGCUGGGAAAUACAGAAUGAGGUAGAGUGAGAUGCUUUUUUAUAUUUUUCCUAACUGGACUUCCCGCUGCUAGAGACCACAGCCAGCAUCAGAUACCGAUUAACAUCCUUCAGUUACAUUCCAGUUAUCAUUUAGUAUGGAAGAAGAUGAGUUCUUUGGAGAAAAAACAUUCCAGCAUUGUUGUGCAGAGUUCAUUAGACAUUCACAGCAGAUAGGUGAUGGCUGGGAAUGGAGAACUUUGAAGGACUCUUCUGAAGGCUACAUGUGCAAAACACACUUUCAAAUUAAACCCGAGACUCUGAUGUCACAUUCAGGAACAUCUGCCUGUGUACAGACAUGUCUUCCCAUUGAGGAGGCUUUAGAACUACCCCUGGAUGAUUCUGAAGUGACUGAGACCACAACGGGAAGCCAAGUGAUUAAAUAUGAAUAUCAUGUUUUAUACUCCUGUAGCUACCAAGUGCCUGUGCUUUACUUUAGGGCAAGCUUUUUAGAUGGAAGACCUUUAGCUCUGAAGGACAUAUGGGAAGGAAUCCACGAGUGCUAUAAGACAAGGCUGCUGCAGGAGCCAUGGGACACUAUUACCCAACAGGAGCAUCCAAUACUUGGGCAGCCUUUUUUUGUACUUCAUCCCUGCAAGACGGAUGAUUUCAUGACUCCUGUGUUAAAGAAUUCUCAAAAAAUCAAUAGGUGCAUACUGAACAUUUUUUAUUUGAUCUAUUCUAUCAAGUUUUACUGCAGUCUUACAUGUUAUAACACCUUUGGGUUCUUAUCCUCUGCUUUUACUCCUGAGGUGAGGCUUUGCACCCUUUUUCUGAUUAUGCCUUUGCCAGUGACAUUGGAGAACUUUUCUCUAAAAUGGCCAAUUGUUCCAUGAGGUCAGCUGGUACCAUCAAGGCAGAAGGUGAAAUGUACAUUUUGUAAUUUCUGCAGACUGGACAAUCCAUCCACAGAUCCUCACCACAUUGGAGACAUUUCAUCAAUGAUAUCAAACCAUAGACAACUUCUUGUGACUGUUCUCAACUGUGAUUAAAAUGGACAAUUUUGUAAUAUGUGACAAAAUCUAUUCAUUAUUAUACAGAUUUAAUAGCUGGUUUCUUGUGAAGGAACCCCUUUAAAAGUCUGAAGAAUGUGCAGAACCCAUUUUCAGAAAAAUGUGUGUGUGUGUGUGUGUGUGUGUGUGUGUUUGCAUAUACACACCCACAUAAAUCACACCCACCCCUAAUAUAUAUCAGAAAAUUCUGCACACAGUUGCAGGAGAUUCCUAGACUCUCUAAAAUCUAUGAGACAAAUCCUAGAUCAAGAAACUUGGUCAAUAAAUUGCAUUCACAGUGGCUUCCAUAUUAUGUCCUGAUCAAGAAAAAGAGUAUAGUGACAGAAAAAAAAAAAAAAAACCUACUUAAUUAUAAAUAAGAAAAUGUAUAAAA